CCUUCUCCAAGAUGGCGGCGGUCGGCGGCGCUGAGGCGGGAUCCGAGCGAGCCGAGUGAAGACCUGGUCCUGUAGACGGGAAGGAGCCUGGACACAGUGACACAACACAUUCUCAAAGGCCCUGCAGGACCACCAUGGCUUAUGAUGACUCCAUGAAGAAAGAAGAUUGCUUUGAUGGUGAUCACAGCUUUGAGGACAUAGGACUUGCAGCCGGCAGAAGCCAACGAGAAAAGAAGCGGUCUUACAAAGACUUCUUAAGGGAAGAGGAAGAAGUUGCUGCGCAGGUCAGGAGUUCCUCCAAGAAGAAGUCAAAGGACAGUGAAUUGUUCUUCUUGGGGACGGACACACACAAGAAGAAGAGGAAGCACUCCCCCGAUGAUUAUUACUAUGGAGACAUUUCGUCUUUGGAGUCAUCACAGAAGAAAAAGAAGAAAUCCAGCCCGCAAUCUGCCGACACAGCAAUGGACCUGUUAAAAGCUAUCACUUCCCCACUGGCAGCAGGUGCCAAGUCCUCCAAGAAGGCAGGGGAGAAGUCCUCCAGUUCUUCAAGCCAUUUGGAGAGCAGAAAGGACCACCACAAGAAGAAAGGCAACGGAAGCAGCGGAGAGCUCUCCUUGGAGGACAGCAGUGCCCACAAACCCAAAAAAAUGAAGCCACUCUUUGUGAACACGGAGACACUGACUCUUCGUGAGCCUGAUGGCUUAAAGAUGAAACUUAUUCUUUCACCAAAGGAGAAGGGAAGCAGCUCAGUGGAUGAGGAGGCUUUUCAGUACCCUGCCCAACAAGCUUCUCUGAAAAAGUCCUCCAAGAAAUUGGCUCGGGAUGAGCAAGGUGCUUUACUCCUAGGACAUGAGCUACAGAGCCUCCUGAAAACGGCCAGGAAGAAGCACAAGUCAUCCUCAGACUCACAUUCAUCUCCUGGCCCAGAAGGCUGUGGGUCUGAUGCCUCCCAGCUUCCAGAACCCCAUAGUGCUAAUCUCGAUAUUACAGGGCUUGACCCCAUUCUAGUAGAAUCAGAGUCAUCCUCUGGUGGAGAACUGGAAGCUGGUGAGCUGGUGAUAGAUGAUUCUUAUCGGGAAAUCAAGAAGAAGAAGAAGUCAAAGAAGAGCAAGAAGAAGAAGGACAAGGACAGACACAAGGAGAAGCGGCACUCUCGGACCAAGAGAAGCUCGGGGCUGGCCGCAAGCGCUGCCCGAGAGCAUGGUACUGCUCGGGAGCAUUUGGUGACACCCAGCCCUGCCCCCGGUAUCCCCACCCUGCCACUUCCUACUCUCCAUACAGAUGGACAUGGAGAGAAAAAAAAGAAAAAAGAAGAGAAAGACAGAGAGAGAGAGAGGGGAGAAAAGCCAAAAAAGAAGAACAUGUCUGCCUACCAGGUGUUCUGUAAAGAGUAUCGAGUAACCAUUGUGGCUGACCAUCCAGGUAUAGAUUUUGGGGAACUUAGUAAAAAAUUGGCUGAAGUAUGGAAGCAAUUGCCAGAAAAAGACAAACUGAUCUGGAAGCAAAAGGCUCAGUAUCUGCAGCACAAACAGAACAAAGCUGAAGCCACGACUGUGAAAAGAAAAGCAUCCAGUGCCGAAGGUUCCGGGAAAGUCAGAGCUUCUUCUGUGGGAAUACUGUCACCCCAAAAGAAGUCCCCACCAACCACAAUGCUUUUGCCAGCCUCACCAGCCAAAGCUCCUGAGACAGAGCCCAUUGAUGUCGCUGCUCAUCUCCAGUUGUUAGGAGAGUCUCUCAGCCUCAUUGGACACCGCCUGCAGGAGACAGAGGGCAUGGUAGCAGUGUCCGGCAGCUUGUCCGUGCUCCUGGAUUCAAUUAUCUGUGCUCUUGGCCCUUUGGCAUGCCUGACCACACAACUACCUGAAUUGAACGGCUGUCCCAAACAGGUCUUGUCAGACACGCUGGACAACAUUGCAUACAUCAUGCCUGGACUGUGACCUCCGAGAAGCCUGGGGGAACCUGUCUACCCUUCACUAGUUCAUGUAUAUAUGACUGUUCCAGAUCCUCCACUGAUCUCUGGGUGUAGGUUUUAAAUUUUUAUAUCUAUAUAUACAUAUAUAUAAUGUACAGUAUAUACAUAGGAUUAUAACUACUUCGCUUUUAAUAAUUUUAUGAAAUGGCAAGGGUUUAGAUAAAAAGGAAACUUUGGCAUGAAUGUGGGCUUGGAAUUAUUUUUUGUGUAAAAAAAAUCUGCCUUAAAAAUCAGUGUGAUUUGGGGACUAGGGGCUUAUUCUGGGUACCAUGUGUAUCUCCUUAUAGACAGCUAAAAUGUGAUUUUUUUUUUUUCUAAGCUUGGUUGUACCUCCAGACCCAUCACUGACCAUUUGCCUUACCUGUCUUAUAAUUGGAAAUAUAGUAAAGAUUAUGGGAGGAGGCCAGAUGACUACAAACUAUUUGACUCAAAGAGAGCUGGGGGGAGGUGGGAUGGCUUCAGUGGACUGAUAGGGGACUCAUUCCAAUUCCUACUAAAGAGGAUCUGUGUCUCCACUUUUGUUGUAACCGUUGGUACCACAGUCAUUGACACUACUGAUAGCCUCAGUUAUGUGAUUCUUGGCAGCAGAGAAAUACCUUGGAGAGGCCAGAACUGUUGGUGCCGCCUGUUGAACCUGCACUGGCUGGCCAAGAAGGCUGGGUCUGUAAAAACCAAAGCUGUGUCUUCUGUUGGCAGCAUUGGUUGACCACCAAAUCCUGAGAGAUUCUGCAGCUUCUUGGUUCUGCUCUGGUUCCCCUGGUGGGCAGAUUGUGCUCCGCAUUCCACACACAAUCACAAAGGAGUCCUCCGUUCUCAGUGGGGUUAUCUCUAUGUGCGUGUGAGCGUAUAUUUUAAUUAUGUGUAUUUAACUCUUUAGAAUUUUUAGAUUUUAAUUUAUCCUGUAAAUUUCUGUAUAUAUAAUUUAAUAACAAGCCUCCACCAGCAGUGGCAUGUGGAGCUACAGACUUGUCAUGUCUUCAUGUCUGUCUAAAAGCUCCAAGUCAUCCAUAUGUUAGGGUGUUAUGAUUCAGAAAGGAGCUUCAUGGCCUUCAAUAAUGUUAGGAAAGUGAAAUAGAAAGGAAUGUCACAAUCCCAACUGCCCUUAUUCCCAAAGAACCAGACCUGCUUCCCUGUUAGAAGACAGUC